GGUGGAUGGCCUCGUGGCUGGUCAGCGGUUCAGUUAAAAAGCUAAUCCACCCCUUGGACUCUUCACGUUUCAAUGUUCUUCACCUUGUCUUAGUUAAAAAUCAAAAUUUUCGAUUUCUCCAUGAGAGAGAAGCACAGUAUAGUUGCGGAACAGAACAUAUUCUUCCCUCUCCUCUAUAUUUUAACCCCCACUUCUCCCUUAGCUUAUAAAAACGUCAUCUUUUUCUUUCGCACAACCAGAAGCUGAGGACCCAUAUCAUUUUUCAUUGAUUAGCCGGAGCUUAAUUAUUAAUAAGCUUCAGGCCACCUAAUGAGUUCUCCAAAAAAGAAUGCAUUUUUUCUCUUUGUCUGCGUUUUCCUAUCAGAGAUUGUUCAUCUAUGCUUCUGUUCUAAGGUGUAUGUGGUGUACAUGGGGAGCAAAGCGGGAGACGAUGACCCAGAAGAGAUCUCGAAGAAACAUCACUAUAUGCUAACUUCUAUUCAUGGUGGAAGAGUUGAGGAGGCCAAGGCAUCUCAUGUGUACAGUUAUAAGAAUGGUUUUAAUGGGUUCGCUGCAAAGCUGACACGGGACCAGGCCACUGAAAUUGCCAAAAUGCCCGCAGUGGUAUCUGUAUUUCCUAACGCCAAGAGGAUCCUCCAUACAACUCGUUCCUGGGACUUCUUGGGACUUACUGCCCAAGAAACUAUGCAAGUUCCAGGCUUUUCCACCGAGAACCAAGUUAAUGUUAUCAUCGGCUUUAUUGAUACAGGGAUUUGGCCUGAAUCAUCCAGUUUCAGUGAUGCUGACAUGCCACAGGUGCCACAGAGAUGGAGGGGCCAAUGCCAAAUAGGAGAGGCCUUCAAUGCUUCAACAUGCAACAGGUGUGAUUUUAGACAGCUUGAAAUCAGUUGUUUGCAUUGGAGAGGAAGAUUUACUACUAAUCAUGCCAAACCAAGUAAAUAUUACCAACCAAAUACAGGACAAACUGUAUGGAAAGAUGAAGUUUUUCGUAUAUGCAGUGCUAGGCCUUGUUUGGUGGAGGAAGAUUGUUGGUGCGAGAUAUUACACCAGUGGCUAUGAAGCCGAAGAAGAGAUGGUGGAGAAGGAGUCGUUCAAGUCAGCCCGGGACAGCUUGGGUCACGGAAGCCACACGGCGUCAACAGCAGCCGGCCGUUACGUUGCAAACAUGAGCUACAAAGGCCUCCUCGCAUCUGGAGAAGCCAGAGGUGGCGCCCCUCGAUCCAGGAUAGCUGUUUACAGGGCUUGUUGGGACUCCGGCUGUUACGACGCGGAUCUGCUGGCGGCGUUCGAUGACGCCAUCAGCGACGGCGUUGACGUCGUGUCGCUGUCUCUGGGCCCGGAUGCUCCCCAGGUCGACUACUUCAACGACGCCAUCUCAGUCGGUUCGUUCCAUGCCGUCAGCCACGGGAUUGCGGUGGUUGCUUCCGCCGGCAACCAAGGCUUCCAAGGAUCCGCUUCAAACCUCGCCCCUUGGAUCAUCACUGUUGCCGCUACUUCUACGGACCGGGAUUUCACUUCUCAUAUCUUAUUUGGGAACGGCGUUAACCUCACGGGUGAAAGCCUAAGCUUAGUUGAAAUGACAAACUCCACAAUAAUCAUACCUGCAUCCACUGCUUUCAAUGGAUAUUUCACGCCGUAUCAAUCCAGUUACUGUCUGGAGAGUUCUCUGAAUAGAACGAAGGCGACGGGGAAGGUUCUUGUGUGCCGACAUGCAGAGAGCUCGACCGAGUCAAAGGUGGCAAAGAGCGUGGUGGUCAAAGACGCAGGUGGGAUUGGGAUGGUUUUGAUUGAUGAUGCAGAUAAAGAUGUUGCUGUUCCCUUUGUCAUUCCUGCUGCCAUUGUUGGGAAACAAACAGGAGAUAAGAUCCUUUCUUACAUUAAUAAAACAAGAUUACCUUUGUCAAGGAUUCUAUCAGCAAAGACUGUAUUAGGUACUCGGCCUGCUCCACGUGUGGCCGCCUUCUCUUCAAGAGGCCCUAAUUCUGUAACUCCAGAAAUAUUGAAGCCAGACAUUGCGGCUCCAGGUUUGAAUAUCCUAGCAGCUUGGUCUCCAGAAGCAGCGGCAAAAGUGAACUAUAAUGUACUCUCUGGAACUUCCAUGGCUUGCCCUCAUGUCACAGGAAUUGUAGCCUUGAUAAAAGCUGUUCAUCCCUCAUGGUCUCCGUCUGCGAUCAAAUCUGCAAUCAUGACUACAGCUACAGUUUUGAACAAGCUUCACAAGCCCAUUUCUGCGGACCCAGAUGGGAGAAGGGCAAAUGCAUUUGACUAUGGCGCGGGUUUCAUUACCCCAACCAGAGUCCUUGACCCCGGGUUAGUGUAUGAUGCGCAACCAACAGAUUACAAAGCCUUCCUUUGCUCGAUCGGCGGUCAUGAUGAGAAAUCGCUGCACUUGAUCACCGGAGACAACACAACUUGUGAUCAAACGCCCCCUUCGCCCUCUGCCCUUAACUAUCCAUCCAUCACCGUUCCAGCCCUCAAUGGGGAGGUUUUGGUCACUAGGACAGUGACAAAUGUGGGAAAGGCAAUGAGCGUGUACAAGGGGGUGGUGUAUCCUCCAAAGGGAAUCAAUGUGACCGUGCUGCCUAGACAGCUCUCAUUUAGUCACUAUGGUGAGAAGCUUAACUUCACCUUAAUCUUUAAGGUGGCUGCUCCAACACAAGGAUAUGUUUUUGGUUCGUUGUCAUGGAGGAGCAAGGACAUCUGGGUUACUUCGCCGCUUGUUGUGGGAGUUGCAGAUUCAAAUAUCGAUUAAGACAGCAAUACUUACCAGCAGAUACGUCACAAUGUAUUACUAGUACACACAAACACAACUUCAAGAUCGAAUGAAAUGUAAAUUAUUGAAUUUGUGUCUCUGGUCGUAGGCAUUGUUCUGCAAGCUAAGUUCUCCUAUUAUUAGCAAAAGAAAUAUAAAUACCUUGCUUGAUAUACACUUACCGAGCUCAAUCUGUCAAAUCUAACUCUUUUCAACUUAAAACAACUCUCUGUUCAACUAUGCAUUGUUUCAUCAAAGCUAUGUAGCCCAGAAACUCUUGUGAAAUUGUACGUUUCCGUUUCGGAAACUCUAUGGAAAUUUUUG